UAAUCGUUUACGCGACGGUAUUUUCCUUCAUCGAAACGUGGCAGCAAAGUAUGUGCUGUUGGCACUUCUCUCAAAUGUAUCUUUCCAACUCUUCCCAUGGAGUAAUCUUUUCAUUACCGUGAGUGACACGGUUCUGUCAUACGAAAAGCAUGAAGUGGCAUAUAGUAUUUGCAGCUUUUGCUGCUUUAGCUCUUACCAUACAUGCAGAGGAAGAGGAAGAAGCUGCAAAACUACUAGUAUCUAAACAAAUUCUUAACAAGUACCUUGUAGAAAAUAUGGAUAUUGUAAUCAAAUACACAGUUCACAAUGUAGGUAAUGCAGCUGCAUUGGAAGUUGAAAUCACAGACAAUUCUUUCCAUCCUGAUCAUUUUACACAUGUGAGCGGAGAAAUAAAUGCAAGGAUAGAUCGUGUUCCACCUCACACAAAUGUCACUCAUACAGUAGUCGUGAAACCACGUAUAUCUGGACAUUUCAAUUUCACAUCUGCAGAAGUUUUAUAUAGACGUAAAGAAGAUGCACCUAGAAUGCAAUUCGCUGUAAGCAGUGAACCUGGUGAAGCAAUUAUUGUAUCAUUUAGAGAUUAUGAUAAACAAUUUUCUUCUCAUGUGGUCGAUUGGGCUGCAUUCGCUGUGAUGACAUUACCUUCGUUAGCUAUUCCUUUUGCAUUAUGGUACUCAAGUAAAAGCAAAUAUGAAAAAUUACUUAAAACAUCAAAGAAACAUUAACCAUACAAAUUCGUCCUGAGUCAUUUGAAGAAGGCGUUUUUCCAUAUACAGUUAUAAGAAACUUGACUGUUCCAUUAUGUACAUCUAAUUUUAUAAUAAACAUUAUUUAUAAAGAAUUUA